AGGACAGCAGAGUGUUCUCUAGAAGAGGAGAGGGGUGUUCUGUAGGACAGCAGAGUGUUCUCUAGAAGAGGAGAGGGGUGUUCUGGAGGACAGCAGAGUGUUCUCUAGAAGAGGAGAGGGGUGUUCUGGAGGACAGCAGAGUGUUCUCUAGGAGAGGAGAGGGGUGUUCUGUAGGACAGCAGAGUGUUCUCUAGAAGAGGAGAGGGGUGUUCUGGAGGACAGCAGAGUGUUCUCUAGAAGAGGAGAGGGGUGUUCUGGAGGACAGCAGAGUGUUCUCUAGGAGAGGAGAGGGGUGUUCUGUAGGACAGCAGAGUGUUCUCUAGAAGAGGAGAGGGGUGUUCUGGAGGACAGCAGAGUGUUCUCUAGAAGAGGAGAGGGGUGUUCUCUAGGACAGCAGAGUGUUCUCUAGGAGAGGAGAGGGGUGUUCUGUAGGACAGCAGAGUGUUCUCUAGGAGAGGAGAGGGGUGUUCUGGAGGACAGCAGAGUGUUCUCUAGGAGAGGAGAGGGGUGUUCUGGAGGACAGCAGAGUGUUCUGUAGGAGAGGAGAGGGGUGUUCUGGAGGACAGCAGAGUGUUCUCUAGGAGAGGAGAGGGGUGUUCUGGAGGACAGCAGAGUGUUCUCUAGGAGAGGAGAGGAGUGUUCUGUAGGACAGCAGAGUGUUCUCUAGGAGAGGAGAGGGGUGUUCUGGAGGACAGCAGAGUGUUCUGUAGGAGAGGAGAGGAGUGUUCUGGAGGACAGCAGAGUGUUCUGUAGGAGAGGAGAGGAGUGUUCUGUAGGACAGCAGAGUGUUCUCUAGGAGAGGAGAGGGGUGUUCUGGAGGACAGCAGAGUGUUCUGUAGGAGAGGAGAGGAGUGUUCUGGAGGACAGCAGAGUGUUCUCUAGGAGAGGAGAGGAAUGUUCUGUAGGACAGCAGAGUGUUCUCUAGGAGAGGAGAGGAGUGUUCUGGAGGACAGCAGAGUGUUCUCUAGGAGAGGAGAGGAGUGUUCUGGAGGACAGCAGUGUGUAAUCUGGGGGCCUGAAGGCAUGCUUCUGUUAUCUGAGGCUGAGGUGUCACAAGGUUUGUGUCUUUGAUCUACAGUGGAGUGGCAGGAAAGUGAGGACCAUGUCAGUUGCUGUUGGUUUUGUCAUUAUCCUUUUAGAUUCUUGAGGGUUCUUAGAAUUCAUUCUAGGUUCUAAGAAUUUGUUCCAGAGAAGAAGUAGGAUUUAAGGUAGAAUUUUAAGCAUAGUGUUUUCAGUGGAGCCUGCUCUGCUCUACUCCGUUUAGAAAAGUGGAGUGACUGUCUGCGUGGCCUUCUUCCUAAGACCGGCCUGUGUGCGCCGGUACUUUGACACACAAACACACACACUACGAGUGGAGACGAGGAGGAUCCUGGGAUGUGGACGAGACAGUGAAUCGCAGAAAAAGGUAAGGGAAAAGAGGACGUUUCUGAACUCAGACAUCAUUACAAUUCCAACAGCCGCUUUCUCUACCAUCUUUCUCCAUACUUUUCCCUCUCUCCUCCUCCUCCUCCUUCUUCUUCCCACUCUCACCCAUCUCUUCCCUUUCCCCCUCUCUUUCACUCCUUCCCUCUCUUUCUCUCGUUUUCCCUCUCGUCCUAAAGCAGCACGCCUUGCUGUGGCUGGUCAAACGGAACCAAGUCAGGUGUUUCAGUGAGGUUUGGUCCCCUUCAACCAGCUACUGCGUCGUGAACUCAGUCAGCAGACAGACAGACACCCGUAGUGGGAACGAAAGACAGGGUAGCCCUACUGCUGCAUGUUUUUGUGUCUCCAUAAAUCAGGUGUCACUGUGUUUUUGUGUCUCCAUAAAUCAGGUGUCAAUUUGUUUUUGUGUCUCCAUAAAUCAGGUGUCACUGUGUUUUUGUGUCUCCAUAAAUCAGGUGUCACUGUGUUUUUGUGUCUCCAUAAAUCAGGUGUCAAUGUGUUUUUGUGUCUCCAUAAAUCAGGUGUCAAUGUGUUUUUGUGUCUCCAUAAAUCAGGUGUCAAUGUGUUUUUGUGUCUCCAUAAAUCAGGUGUCAAUGUGUUUUUGUGUCUCCAUAAAUCAGGUGUCAAUGUGUUUUUGUGUCUCCAUAAAUCAGGUGUCAAUGUGUUUUUGUGUCUCCAUAAAUCAGGUGUCAAUGUGUUUUUGUGUCUCCAUAAAUCAGGUGUCAAUGUGUUUUUGUGUCUCCAUAAAUCAGGUGUCAAUGUGUUUUUGUGUCUCCAUAAACCAGGUGUCAAUGUGUUUUUGUGUCUCCAUAAACCAGGUGUCAAUGUGUUUUUGUGUCUCCAUAAACCAGGUGUCAAUGUGUUUUUGUGUCUCCAUAAACCAGGUGUCAAUGUGUUUUUGUGUCUCCAUAAAUCAGGUGUCAAUGUGUUUUUGUGUCUCCAUAAAUCAGGUGUCAAUGUGUUUUUGUGUCUCCAUAAAUCAGGUGUCAAUGUGUUUUUGUGUCUCCAUAAAUCAGGUGUCAAUGUGUUUUUGUGUCUCCAUAAAUCAGGUGUCAAUGUGUUUUUGUGUCUCCAUAAAUCAGGUGUCACUGUGUUUUUGUGUCUCCAUAAAUCAGGUGUCAAUGUGUUUUUGUGUCUCCAUAAAUCAGGUGUCAAUGUGUUUUUGUGUCUCCAUAAAUCAGGUGUCAAUGUGUUUUUGUGUCUCCAUAAAUCAGGUGUCACUGUGUUUUUGUGUCUCCAUAAAUCAGGUGUCAAUGUGUUUUUGUGUCUCCAUAAAUCAGGUGUCAAUGUGUUUUUGUGUCUCCAUAAAUCAGGUGUCAAUGUGUUUUUGUGUCUCCAUAAAUCAGGUGUCACUGUGUUUUUGUGUCUCCAUAAAUCAGGUGUCAAUGUGUUUUUGUGUCUCCAUAAAUCAGGUGUCAAUGUGUUUUUGUGUCUCCAUAAAUCAGGUGUCAAUGUGUUUUUGUGUCUCCAUAAAUCAGGUGUCAAUGUGUUUUUGUGUCUCCAUAAAUCAGGUGUCAAUGUGUUUUUGUGUCUCCAUAAAUCAGGUGAUAAAUAGACAACAGUUUGUACACUGUGGAUUCCCUUUUCAUACUGUAUGUUUCGGGUCUUGUUUAUUGUUGUGCUUGAAAAAUAAAGAAUUAAAAGAUG